GGCAAACAACGGAAACUCUAAAGUCAUAUGAUCGAUUUGCGAUUCCUUCAGAACAUAGCAUUCUGUUGCGAAGAUGGCCAGCCAAACGCAAGGUAUUCAACAGCUUUUGGCAGCUGAAAAAAGAGCUGCAGAGAAAGUUGCAGAAGCUAGAAAACGUAAAGCACGUAGAUUGAAACAAGCAAAAGAAGAAGCUCAAGAUGAAAUUGAAAAAUAUAGACAAGAAAGAGAAAAACAAUUUCGUGAAUUUGAAGCAAAACAUAUGGGAUCAAAAGAAGAUGUAGCAGCCCGUAUAGAAGCUGAUACAAAAAUAAAAACAGAAGAAAUGAAUCAAACUGUGUCUAUGCAUAAAGAUUCUGUUGUGCAUACAAUUUUGGAGUUGGUAUACGACAUUAAAGCAGAAUUGCACAAGAAUUACCGCGCCGAAAUUUAAAUCAGAAAAAUCGUAUCGAUUACUUAUAAAUAUUGCAUCUUAUGCUAUAAAUGUACAUUACGUACUUUGUUUUAUCAUGUCUUAAAACGUAUCUAUCAUUGUUAUGUUGUACUUUUGUCAGGAAAUGUGUAUAUCCUUCAAUUGUAGAUGGUGGUAUUCAAAUUAUUAGAAUUCUUUCUGCAGUUGCUACACGACAAUAAAUGUAACCUAUGCCGAGCUUUUACCACCAUAAUGGAAAGUUUAAGGAUUAUCAUAGUGCCGUCAUGGUAGCAAUAUAGAUGCAAACAAAUUAUCGUCAUUAUGAUAUAUCAAGGCCUAGAUAUAUUAGCAUGACGUGUAAAUGUUAAAGCUUAGGGUGGUGGUAGAAAGUUGUACAUCAUUAAAUGUAUAUUGUUAUUGAUAGAUGUCAUUCCAUAAUUCUGCUGCAUCGAGGACAUAAAAAUUCGUUAAACAAUUCUGUACAACUUCCAAAGAAUCACACAUAAGCUCCCAAUCUGAUGUGGUUCUCACGACGAUGUACAUAAUAUAUAUUAUUUGUUUUGUUUGAAACACACAUUUAAACUUUGUUAAGGUAUAGAGAUACAAGAAAUUAUACCUCAUGUAUAAACCCUGUCUCCGUAUGCUGACUAAUCUGUACAGUAUUAAUGUUCGGAAAUAAAAACGAUCAAAAGAUAAUUAUUUUGUA